AUGCUCGUUACCAGGCAUCUCGAACCGGAGCAAAACCACUGGUCUAGCAAAUUUGAGACCACCUUCCACAAGUCCACAAGCCCACGCAUGUCGAGCUACGACGGCCAUCUGUCGACACAGCCUGAUUGGCAGGGGCAAUACUCCUUUCUUCCUCCCGGGGAGAGUAAUAUCUUCGCACCACCUUACGAGCAAGUGACCGGCUCCAGUAGUAACAAUGACAUUUCUUCGCAACAGCGCCCCGCGAGCGCACACAACAGCACGCUUGAUAACACGAAUCAGGCAGCCCAGAGCAGUAUUCAUUCGCCAAUGAGCCACUCUCGCAUAUUAGAUCCACUUGGACUACGACAACCGAAGGCAGAAUCUCCCGUACAAGAACAUUCUGAUGUUCAAGGAGCGAGUUAUGCUAUCAAGGCAGAGUCCGCCCACGAGGAAUCCUUAGCUUCUACAGAUCCUCAGGGACUUCCACUUGGACCGAGCGGGUUAGGACCAGCUUCUUCAGUGCAAGGGCAAGAAACAACAUCUGGUCCCACCGGGAAUGAAGAGAGUGCCAUAGGAAAAGAUGAAGACGACGAGGUGUUGGAUGACGAUGAAAUGGUAGAAGGGGAGGGAGAGGCCACGACGCAACCGCAAACUGCAGCUGAGCGCACAGCGGCUCGAAGGAAGAUGAAGCGUUUUAGGCUUACGCACCAACAAACCCGAUUUCUAAUGAGCGAGUUUGCAAAACAACCGCAUCCGGAUGCCGCACACCGAGAACGACUUUCGAGGGAGAUCCCAGGACUAAGUCCGAGGCAGGUUCAGGUCUGGUUUCAAAACAGGAGAGCGAAGAUCAAGCGGCUUACAGCCGAUGACCGAGAUCGAAUGAUCAAAAUGCGUGCCGUUCCGGACGACUUUGACAAUGUUCAAGCGCUGCAUUCUCCUUAUGGUGCCGUCCACGGACUUGGGGGAGGCCCGAUCACGCCUCCUGUCGACUUUGGAACUUCGUCAUACACGGACCAUAUCAUGCGGCCACUGAUGGUGGACACGAUGCGAAGAGGGGAAAACGACGACCAUAUGUCUCCUAGCGGACUGACUCCGGCUUUUGGAGGCAUCAACUUCACCCCUCCAGGGACUAUGAAUAGCGACAUACUCUCUCCGCUGUCGCCGUCCUCGAACGAUCGAGGAUAUUAUUCAAGUCAUAUGACAAGCCCUCUUGGGGGAGCUCAAAGAGGUUCAAACCCUUUCAGACAAAACAGCCUUGAUUCUGGUGUGCAAAUGCAUUCGCAAAACAGGCAGCAGAUCCGUCCUCUACAGCCACUUCAACUUAGGGAAACCAUGUCGAGGUCACGACCAGACAAUCUACAGUCGCCCUUACGCUCGAGUAUGUCAUGGAAAGGGGAUUCAAUCGACUACAGCACGUAUUCGGGCACCAGCGGGAGCCCUGGAAUCGGUGGGAGGCACCAGUCCAUUUACCAAUCCGACCAAAUGGGUAGCAACCCGGGAAGCUCGUUGAACUAUGAUUCUAAUUCUUAUUCUACUUCGGGCGUCCAAACCUCUCCGACCAAUAUUAAUUAUUCAAGCCUACAACAACCUUCGCAGAACAGAUCUCGUCUUCGAGCAACUUCUGCGACUCUGCCACUCGGCCUGGAUUUACGACACCAAUACCGACCCAUGUCGUCUAGUCAUGGCCUUCAAUCCCCCAGCCAUUCUUCAACGCCCCGAGUUGCAACUACUGCGCCUUACGGUUCAUCUUCCGCAUACACUACAAGUUUUCCGUCCGCUCCUUUAACAGCACCUAUCGACUUUUCGCUUUCCAGGACCCCAGGGAUUCCCAGCAGGAGCUCGGUUCAGGAGUAUUCGAUGCCACAGAUGAGCGCGCCAAUCGCGCCUCCGCACGAUUUUAAUCAGGCACUACACGGUAGUAUGGGAAGCUCAAGUACCAGGACCCCGAUGAGAGACACGUUCGGGGGUGGUCCUUUGAGUGUGGGCCAGGGACAGGGGUCUAGUGAAAGGAGCGAGGACUAUUCACAAGAGGGAAUGGGUGGAUCUGGUUCAGGGUUGAAACGAAAACGGAGUUCAUUUAGCCUCUCGCAAGGAGGGCAUACGCCCGGACCGGCUCAAACUUCCCAACCGUACGGACACACUACUUGA